GUCACGUGUCAAAGCAAGUCACGUUAUUGUUUCAACCGAAAGAUUUUUUUCCAAUGUCCAUAGAGAUGCUUACCAAAGAUAUAUUUUGAUUGACAAAUGGCGGCUUUUAUUAUAAACACCGCUUUGAGACCCAGAAACAACUCUCCGCGCAGGUAUGACUGGUACUCGUCUACGGAAUACACGCACGAAAACCCAGCUCCAGAUAAACCGGACGCAUUCGUGUUUUCGACUGGCAACGCAACCCUAUUCUCUCGAAGGAAACUUCCCCUCGCGGCUCCGUCGUGGAAUUUUACCACUGUCACCUACCACAGCGAGGAUGAUGACGGAUCACUAGAUGAAGACGAAGUGAAACCCCCAGUUGACGAACAUGCCCUCGAUAUGUAUGUCAAUCGGAUUAUCCUUUCCGCAACCAUGAACGAGGAGGGUGACACUUUUGGAAUCAGUGAUCCAUAUGAUGGCAUCAGAGAAGAACCAAAAUACAAAGACAAACCGCUGACGAAAUCGGCAUCGGACAAGCAGGGGAGGAAGAAGAAGAAGAAUAGGAGAAGGUCGGAUGGGAAGAAGGAGAGUAAGCCUUCCGGAGAGGAAAUCGGCCCUCAUGGACUUCAACUUCCAGCCGGAACAGUCAAAGGAUGUGCUUCUAAUGGACAAGUCUUAAUCUGUAUGUCACAGGAUAUGUACAGGUCGACAGUGAUGGCGGAAGUGGAGUCCCGGGCACGCAACAUGCACCAAUAUUUCGACUACGAGUUCCGACGCUACGACAAGCUAAAGGUCAACGCUCUGAAGGAUUGCUACUUCUGGCACGAGAAAUCCAAGCAACUGGAGAAUAUCAUCGAGCUCAAGGAAGAAGAGAUCUUCGAGUUGCGGUUAAAAUACGACCUGCUGGAGAAAAGGUUUGAAGAUGAGCAGAAAAUGAAGCGGCAGCGGAGGGCCAACAAGAAACAACGCCGUAAGGCCGACAAGACGUCCCAGUCCAUGACGGACACGCUGAGAAUGACAGAGGCUGCCGAUGAACGAGAUUGCAACAAUUCCCAUGCAUAACACUAUCUUUAGAGCAGUUUCCAUGAAUUCAUACCUGGUUACGUGGUUAUCAAACUUGCAAUAAACAGUAGUCUUAUAAUAUACGUAUGUCUUUGUAAUUAUAAAUACAUACCCAUGUACACCUUUGAAUUUAGGAAUAAAUGCGCUUUCGCAAAA